AUGGAUCAGAGACCAAAAGAUGAUUCAGAGAGGAGAGAAUUGAGCAAGAUACCUUAUGCAAACAUUAUAGGCAGCAUAACGUACACAAUGUUGCGCACAAGGCCGGAUUUGGCACAAGCCAUAAGUCUCACUAGCCGUUUUAUGUCAGAUCAUGGCAGAGAGCAUUGGAUAGUACUAAAGUGGUUAUUUAGGUACUUGAAAGGUGCUUCAAGCUAUGGUUUGGUGUACAAGGCAGGUGCUGAGAAUCAAGGUGGAACACUUGUGGGAUUUUGUGAUUCGGAUUAUGCUUCAAACAGGGACAAUAGAAGAUCUCAAACUGGGUAUGUGUUCAAUCUAUAUGGUACAGCCAUAAGCUGGAAAUAUGGUCUACAACAUGUAGUUUCAUUAUCUACAACGGAAGCUGAAUACAUUGCGAUGACAGAGGCUGUGAAAGAGGCGAUAUGGGUCAAAGGUAUUCUUGAAGAUUUUGGAGAAAAACAAGACACUGUGUAUAUAAAUUGCGACAGUAGUAGUGCAUUGUGUCUUGCAAAACACCAAGUAUUUCACGAGAGAAGCAAGCACAUAGAUGUGCGGAUGCAUUUUAUAAGAGAUGAGAUCCAAAGGGGAGAAGUUGGAGUCGUGAAAAUAUCAACUGAGCACAAUGCAGCUGAUAUGUUGACAAAAUCUUUUCCAGCCAUGAAGUUCAGAUACUGCAUGGAGCUGGUGGGACUUGUAGAGUGA